AUGAUUUUGCGAUCUCCUCCACCGAAGCGGCGGGCUGCUGCAGUCGUAACUAGCAAUAAUGGCGCAUCUGGGAGCUUACAAACGCCAAGAACUGACCAAAUUCCCAAUGGCAUCCACGAGCUUCAUCACGCGUCUCAGAACGGCUUUGGAAAGGGGAGAACAAGUAUUGUAUCUGACUCAACGCUGCGCGAAUCUUCACGAGCGCGUUCUGUUGGUCCUGUGGAGUUGCCUCAGCCUAUUCCAUUAUCCACGACUAAACGGGGCCAAUCUCCUGUUGCCAAUGGCAACAGCAAACCGCGGUUCAACGGAUUGGAGACAUUCCGUUCUCCUGCUUCUGAUCCUACUGAGGCCCGUAUUGCGUAUUAUGAUGAACGGAUUAGGGAAGUCAUCGCGGAGAGGGACAAGGUGCUGAAAUUUGCGAAGGAAGUAGAGCAGUCAAAGAUUAUUGCUCUGAAGGAGGUCAAAGAGGCGUUCGGCGUUGAGAAGAAACAAUGGAUGGAUAUAUGUGAUGCGCUUCAGACGGUGCAUAAUUUUGCGCAUGGCGGGCCCAGCUUGAGCUUGACGAGGAGAGGCUGCGAUAUUACGAUGAGCAUGGGUCGUUCGUCCUUUCAAAGCGCGGAGUUUUGGCUACUGCAUGAUAAGCGAGAGUUGGAGGAGGAGUUGAAGGAGAGGGAGGAACGGAUCGUGGAGCUGGUGCAGGAGAUUGAGGAUGAACGAGAGGAAAACGCACUGGAGCGUGACGCCGAGGUUCAGCGGCUUGAACAGAAUCAUCAUGAACUGGACACUGCACACUACUCUGCGCCGACAGAAAGAAAAUCUCGAAGCAAAUUGAAGCACGAAAGAGAAGCUCUCGAGGAUGUGAAGGCCAAAAUUGGUGAUUUGGAGGGGAGACUGGGACGCACGCAGUUGCAGCUAACUUCGGCUCAGAACGAACUUUCGCGAAGGAUCGGAGAGGGUCGAUGUGGGUCUCCGAUUAAGGAGAUGGAGGACAGUGUGAAGCAGGGCGAGCAAGAGGCGCGGGUUGAGCGAGAAAGGAUCGAGGCUAAGGCGAAGAAGGAGAAGAAGACCCUCGAAAAGAGGAUCAGUCAACUCGAGGCUCAGCUGGAAGAAGUGAGGGAAACAAUACUUGCUACAGCAGCAUCACCAGAGCUAGGUGGAAAAAAACAAGAGCCCACUCCGACCCCACCUCCUCAGUCACAACCCAAAUCACGCCCGCGGCGGCCUGUCAGACGCAAAUCGCCGGAAGCUCAAGAUGUUGCAACGGAUGAUAGCGAACGGGAAGUUCAACAACCUGCGGUACCCAAGAAUGCGAAGAAACGCAAGGCAGAUCGAGCUGAGCCUGAGCUGAAAGCUCCGGUCAUUCCCAAGAAAAAACGAAAGUUGGGGUGGACUUGGAAGCACGUUCAUGGCUCCGGCAUUCACUGA